CAUAAAUAAUAACUAAUUAAUACAUAAUGAACAAAUCAAAAUGACAACUAAUAAUACAAAGAAAUACAAAUGUUGGAAAUGAAGUAAUAAACCUUAUUGCUACUAAAAACUACAAGAGUUGUUCAAAAUGACCUCCAUUUUGUUCGAUGCAUUUUCUUGCCCGUUUUAAAAUAUGGUUGACGGCUUUUCUGAGUACAUCGGGAUUAUUUUUCAUUUCUUCGCACGCGUUUUCUAUCCUCCCAACUAGUUCUUCCCUACUAUUUAUGGGAGUGGAAUAUACUUUUGUUUUUGGAUGUCCCCAAACGUGGUAAUCCAGCGGAUUAAAGUCAGGCGAUCUUGAAGGCCAGUGUAUGUAGUAUACGAAAGGAGGUAUUUAGGACCUAACGUUACAUUCGUAAAUAAUAAAUAAGUAUAAUUAUUUUAUUAUUAGAUUAUAUUAUAGGCCUUGGAAUUGGCAUUUCACAUUUUUAUGUCAUUUGUAUUUGCAUCUUCUGUCAGUCAUUAUUGUUUUUUCAGUAUUUUCCGUGAUAUUUUUUAUUGUAUUUGGUAAUUAUUAAAAAUGCCAUAUCAAUAUACUAACGAAGAAUACGCAGAUAUGAUUUACAUUUAUGGUUUUUGUGAUGGUAAUUCUCGAGCUGCAAAAAGGGAAUAUGAAUUGAGAUUUCCUGGUCGAAGAUCACCAAAUUUCAAAACUUUUAUUUGCGUUUUUAAUUACAUGAGAAGAUAUGGUAGAUUCCCAACAGCUCAAUUAAACGAGCAUCGUGAAAGGCAGCAUUUGAAUGUGGAACAAAAUAUUAUAAAUAUGGUUAAUAAUAAUCCAGAACUGAGCACAAGGAGAAUUAGUUAUGCAUUUAAUGUACCUCAUACCAGCGUAUGGCGACGACUAAAAAAACAUCGUUUACACCCAUAUCAUAUUCAGAAACUACAGAGGUUAGAAGCAGGCGAUGAAAUUCGUAGAAUUAAUUUUAGUAGGUGGAUCCUCUUAAAUCGGCAAAUUGUACGUAGAUACAUAUUUACGGAUGAGGCCCAGUUUACAAGAGACGGCGUGUUCAAUUUACGAAACUCGCACAUUUGGUCGACAGAAAAUCCAUUUGCUGUAAGAGAGACCCAUUCACAAUACAAAUUUUCAGUAAAUAUUUGGUGCGGCGGUUUUGAUAAUAAAUUAAUUGGACCACAUAUUUUCCCUCACAGACUGACUGGCAAAGCUUAUUUAAAUUUUCUUCAAAAUAUGCCUGUUCUAUUAGACGAUGCAGAUGUAGAUAUAGCCGGUGUAUAUUUUCACAUGAUGGUGCUUCACCGCAUUACCGGCUAAUUGUGAGAGAAUUUCUGAAUGAAAAUUUUCCUAAUACGUGGAUUUUUUAGUUUUACACCCUUCGGAUCUCCCGUGCUACACCCUAAUCCGUCUAUAGCCUGGCGGCACUGCAGCCUGCGGCUUAUUGUACCACCAUUUGAAGAUCCUACUACUUUCUCAUUCAACAAUUCACUCCCUGAUUCAUCGUCAUUCAUUCCACGUCGUCGGUGGUUAACCGCUAGUCGGAUAAGUCCCAUAGUGACACGGCCCAGGGUGGAACCUCCCAGCGGUCACCCAUCCACGACGUGACCGGAGAAUCACUGCUUAACUGUUGCGAGUAUGUGGAUGCACACUAAGCUCGCAGCUAGCCCCUCCGGC